AGACCCAGACACUUUGGACAACACACCGGAGAGUACAUAAUCGUAACAGUAGUCGAUCAAAAUGCGAAUAUGCGUAACGGGGCUACGACUUAAAUUAUUACCAGUAUAUCGGUACCGAGUUACAUGGAAUCGAACCUUUUCUAACGUCCAAAGCUCGGCGAAUUGUUCGGGGAAAUUUGCCGGUACAGCUACGCGGCAAUGGGGAAGAAAAAUUCUCACUGGAGAAACGAUUGGCCCUAUCAAGGCGUGGGAAAAGGGCUCACGAGGGCACAGGCAAACCACCGCCUUUAUUGCCAUUCGGGGGUUCUCGUCUAAGAAGUCCGGGGACAAAGAUCCACCUUCCAAUGGAAGCGAGCCUGAACUCCCUGACGAUUAUGCUGCUGCUCUGCCUGCAACUGUGGUUGUUCCUGAAGUCUGGCCGCAUCUACCGGUUAUAGCUAUAAACAGGAAUCCAGUAUUUCCUCGGUUUAUCAAACUUAUCGAACUGAGUAAUCCAAUUUUGAUAGAUGUUAUACGUCGUAAAGUUAAACUGAACCAGCCGUAUGUUGGAAUAUUUUUGAAGAAGAGCGAAGAGAAUGAUGCUGAAGUUGUGCAAAAUUUGGAUCAAGUGUAUUCUAUUGGAACUUUUGCUCAGAUACACGAAGUACAGGACUUGGGUGAUCGGUUGAGACUUGUUGUAAUGGCCCAUAGAAGAGUGAAAAUUACUGGUCAAAUACUAGAAGACUUUUCUGCAAAAUCACCUCAAGAGAUGAAACUGACGUUUCCACUACUAAAUACCACAAUUAACGUCCCUAUAGAAGACACGGUGGCUGGUGGUGGUAAAAAGCAUCGUAGGGCUAUGCUGAGGAAAAGAGCUGAACCUAAGGCUGCUGAAUCAGUUGAUAAAGUUGAAGAAGCUACCGAGCUCGUACCACCAGAACAUGAGAAGAAAGAAGAUUCUACAGAAAGAAAAGUGGAAACAAGUGAGGCCACUUCGGAAACUCAACCAUUGCUCAUGGUCGAAGUCGUCAAUAUUUCACAUGAGAAAUUUAGACAAACAGAAGAAAUAAAGGCACUAACCCAGGAGGUGAUCAAAACGAUUCGAGACAUAAUUAGUAUGAAUCCACUGUACAGAGAAUCACUUCAACAAAUGCUGCAUCAAGGUCAAAGAGUCGUUGACAAUCCUGUCUAUCUUAGUGACUUGGGUGCUGCACUUACAGGAGCUGAUGCUCACGAGUUGCAACAAGUACUGGAAGAAAUGGAUAUUCCAAAAAGGUUAAUGUUAUCAUUAGCGCUCCUUAAGAAAGAAUGUGAGCUUAGUAAACUGCAGCAAAAAAUUGGAAGAGAAGUAGAAGAAAAAGUAAAACAGCAGCAUAGAAAGUAUAUACUUCACGAACAGUUGAAAGUUAUAAAAAAAGAACUGGGAUUGGAAAAGGAUGACAAGGAUGCAAUUGAAGAGAAAUACAGAGAACGUAUUAGGCAAAAAGUUGUACCCAAGCCAGUCAUGGAUGUCUUGGAUGAGGAAUUGAACAAAUUAAGUUUUCUCGAGAGUCACAGCAGCGAAUUCAAUGUGACGAGAAAUUACUUGGAUUGGCUCACAUCUAUGCCUUGGGGAAUGACAAGUCCAGAGAAUCUGAAUCUUAACCAAGCUAGUGAAGUUUUAGAAAAAGAUCACUAUGGCAUGGAGGAUAUAAAAAAGAGAAUUCUUGAAUUUAUUGCUGUUAGUCAGCUGAAAGGUUCGACCCAAGGAAAAAUAUUAUGCUUUCACGGUCCGCCAGGUGUUGGUAAGACGUCGAUAGCAAGAUCUAUUGCCCGUGCUCUCAACAGAGAGUAUUUCAGAUUUAGUGUCGGUGGCAUGACUGAUGUUGCCGAAAUCAAGGGUCACCGGCGAACUUAUGUAGGUGCAAUGCCUGGAAAGAUAAUUCAGUGUUUGAAAAAAACAAAAACUGAAAAUCCAUUGGUUCUGAUAGACGAGGUUGAUAAAAUCGGAAAGGGACAUCAAGGCGAUCCAGCUUCAGCUCUGUUAGAGAUGUUGGAUCCUGAGCAGAACGCAAAUUUCUUAGAUCAUUAUCUCGACGUACCAGUAGAUCUAUCAAGAGUCUUAUUUAUUUGCACGGCAAACAUUGUUGAUACUAUCCCAGAGCCUUUGAGAGACCGAAUGGAGAUGAUUGAGAUGUCAGGAUAUGUAGCUGAAGAGAAGGUAGCUAUUGCCAAACAAUAUUUGAUACCACAGGCCAUGCAGGACUCAGGACUGUCCGAAAAUCACUUGAAAAUCCAUGACGAUGCAUUAAGUCUAUUGAUAAAAUCCUAUUGUCGAGAAUCAGGAGUGAGAAAUUUGCAGAAACACAUUGAGAAAGUUUCGCGCAAAGUUGCGUAUAAGGUUGUUAAAAAUGAAACAGACAAGAUCGAUCUAACCAGCAAUAAUUUACAAGACUUCGUUGGAAAACCUGUCUUUGCUCAUGAUAGAAUGUACACAAUCACACCACCGGGUGUUGUUAUGGGAUUGGCAUGGACAGCCAUGGGCGGAUCUACUCUAUUCAUAGAGAUAACGAUGAGAAAGCCCAUUGGCAUUAAAAAAUUAGAAGGCACAUUUGAAAUAACUGGUCAUCUGGGUGACGUGAUGAAAGAGUCGACACGUAUUGCAAUGACUGUGGCUAGAAAUUUUCUACAAAAAGAAGAUCCCAACAACACAUUCCUUUACGAUGCUCAUCUUCAUCUGCAUGUCCCUGAAGGUGCAACACCAAAGGAUGGACCAAGCGCUGGAGCUACCAUCGCAACAGCCCUAAUUUCGCUUGCAAAGAAUAAACCAAUUAGGCAAAAUGUUGCUAUGACUGGGGAGCUUAGUCUUAUGGGAAAGGUGCUUCCUGUCGGUGGCAUCAAGGAGAAAACAAUUGCAGCUAAACGAGUUGGCGUGAAUUGUGUAUUAUUACCGGAAGAGAACAGAAAGGACUAUGAUGAUCUUCCUAAAUACAUUACAGAUGGUUUAGAAGUACAUUUCAUAUCAAAUUUUGAUGACGUUUACAGAAUCUGCUUCCUCGAAGGAUCCAGUGAUCCGAUUGGUGCUAGUACUGAACUUAACGCCGAUAUUCCAUCACAAUCUCAAUCCCCAUCAACUGCACAAGCUGCUUCUUGAGUGAUUGGCUUUGCAAGUUUGAAAUUGUUUGGAAAAUGUGACGAUGCUAUACGUACAAAUGGUUCAAUGGAUUACCAACUUUGCUGUGCAAAUUACGUGAAAAUUUCUCGAAUUCCCUAGGACUAAAUUUGUUUUAGUGGAUGGUAUGUUGAUGAGAAAUCAAAUCGCAGUUUAUUAGCUCAGUAACCAAUCCGGAAGUAGAACAGAGAUUCGGAAAAGACUGUAAAUAUGUAAAGAAAUCUAAGGCGCAUAGAUAUCUGUUAGUAAUAAGAUUUAUUACUUGCAUUCAUGGCUGUAAUUUCAUCGCAUCUUUUUGUUUAGAUAUUGAGUGGCAUAUAAGCCAUUCAGUUGCAGUGAAUCACAAAGAAUGAAUACUUGAAAAUAAAAUCUACUACUAUUGUGGAUUGUAACCCAAUUAUAUAUUCUAGUUGACAAAUUGAAGUGUAAAAUUUGUUUACAUACAACUGUUUUGUAAAAGUCACUAGCUACUUUAAAUAUUUGAUAGUGUACAAAAACAAAUGCAUUUAUAAUGUUGUACCUGCCCAUUGUACUGUUAUUGGGUGUAUUAUAGGCCUGAUAUUAUAAAAAGGUCGUCGCAACAAAUUUUGCAAGAAUUGAAAAUGUUUAAAUCAAACCAAACAGAGUUAAAAUUACAAUGAUAUACCAAUCGACCAAACCUAAAAGUAAAGGUGGUAUCUGGUAACCUUAAAAUAUUGUAAAUGAAAAACAGACUGAUUCUAUAGGGAAAGAAAUCUAUUCAACUUUAUUUUCAUCGCAUCUGUAUGUGAAAUACAAGCUUGACAUUCGAA